AUGGCCGUCUGGGGCAAGGUCGGUGUGUUCUUACACGAAGUCUCGGUGGCUCUGCACGAGAAGUCCAAGAAAACACUCGUCGGAGACGGAUCAUAUGCUGGCUUUGUCAACGCAGUGCUCAGGGAAGUGCCUCAAGCUCGCGGACCGGAGCGAGAUGUCUAUGGGUACCUGAUCUAUGCUCAAACGGGUCCGUCCGUGCAGCGCAGAACGAGCGAUAUUCUGCCAGGGGAUGUGAUAACCCUAUAUGAUGCCAAGCUCAAAGGCCAUAAGGGAUUGGGGAUUUAUCACCAGCAUGUCGGAGAAGGCGAGGUCUGUGUGGGGGUGGUGAACGAAUUUGAAGCCAAGAAGAGCAAGGUGAGGGUGCUGCAAGCAAAUCAGCACGUCGGUCACCAGACGGUGGAAAACGUGAGCUAUCGGUUGGACGAUCUAAAAAGUGGCAUGAUCAAGAUAUACAGGGUGCUGGAGGCGUGA